ACCGCUUAGAAAGUACUCCCAAUGCUCUUUUGUGUGCAACAGAAAGAAAAGGGCAGAGGCAAACUAAGGAGGCAGUCAAUAUAUUCUGGGUUAUUUAUUGAAGACAGAGAUUUCCUGUGUUUCUGUGACCUCACUGUGUUCUCCUACAACAGCCUCCACCUCAGUAGUGAAGGUAGAAUCUGAAGCAAACCACAAAGCUCUUCACUGGACUUCUACUUUAACAGGAACUAUCAGCUGAAAAAAUGGGAUGCUUUGGAUUCCUCAAAGCCAUGAUGUUUGCUUUCAAUGGCAUCAUCUUUCUGGCAGGGAUUGCCAUCCUGGGCGUGGGGAUCUGGGUGAAGGUAGACAGUGGCUCCAUCUUCAGCUUUCUUGGAAAAAUUGAAAAUGUUCCACCAGAACUUAGUCAGGUACUCAACGUGGGAUACCUGUUGAUUGCCAUUGGUGGUCUCCUGGUCAUCAUCGGCUUUCUUGGCUGCUGUGGGGCCAUCAAGGAGAGCAGGUGCAUGCUGCUGCUGUUUUUUAUGAUAGUCUUGCUGGUCUUCAUCGCCGAGGUUGCAGGGGCAGUGGUUAUUUUGGUUUUCAGACCACUGGCAGAUGAACUGUUUGAAAAGGUUGGCACAGCAGCAGUUGCGAACAUCAAAAAAGACUUUGGGGAAAAUGCUGACAUUACUGGACUGUGGAAUACUACUAUGGACACGUUAAAAUGCUGUGGAUACUACAACUUCACAGACUUCACAGAUUCCCCAUAUUAUAAGAUGCAGGGCAGUAACUAUCCACCCCAGUGCUGCUUGAACUCGGGGCCUUGUAAUCAAACUGUGGCUGAUAGCAAAAAAAAAGAUGGGUGCUUCCUAAAGAUCAAACAGUUGAUUGAUGACAACACAGUCGUGAUUGUGGCGGUCGCUCUUGGGAUUGCUGCCCUUGAGAUAUGUGCCAUGAUUGUCUCAAUCAUACUAUACUGCAGAAUAAAGUCUACAGGAGCCUAACUAUGAGCAGUAAGGGAUCACUUCAGUCACUGAAUUCCUGCAUCACCUUCUACAAAGUCUCAUCGCUGAAAACAUCUACUGUAAUGUCAGGUCAUGUGCAAUAGAGGACAACUGAAUGAUAUUUUUACUAUAUGUCAAUGUAUCAAUUAAAUUUGAUUUAUAGAUCUAAAAUAAUAACUUUUUCAUAAAUCAUCUAGAAAUACCACCAGCCACACAUAUGUUAUUGUAUAUAUCAAAACUGGCUAAAGGGUUAAACACAUAUCCAGUAAAUGGGGAAUUACAUGAUGCUGUUUCUGUAAUAAUGAAGCAAAAGCUGGUUAUUGUUUUAUGAAGGGGAAGUAGUGAAAAAUUUACGAGAGCUUCUUGUUUAAUAAAUCCAGUAGUUGGAUAAUAGUUGUUUGUAGGUUGUUAAUUGAUACAUAUUUGCAAUAAAGUCCAUAUUUCCAAGUAAAA